AAUGCAGCUUGUACCCUGUUGAGAAGCAACUGUUAGAUGAUUGUGAAGCCAUCUGGCAAAACAACCUCAAGGAGAGGAUUUUGACAAGACACAACUGUGUGGAUGGAUGGAGGAGGACGGAUUCCUAACUUCUCUGCAGCUUCUGCUGCUGUGAUUGAGACAUCCUCAUUAGACACUGUGGCACUGGCCGGGACAGACGGGCUGAAAGGAAGAUAGAUCGAGCCCUGGCAGCAGAUAAGCCAGACAGCUCAAGAUUUGGGACAACCAGCCUCUCUCCAACUCCAAAUGAAUCAGGAGGCACCAAGAGCAGAGCCCACAGGGGGGAAAAUGAGGUAUUUUCUGGUCUGGUCCCUUUGUGCUUUCCAUCUCAUCAAAGCAGACGCCAUCGAGUUGACCGACAUGUUUGGGGAGAUUCAGUCACCCAACUUUCCAGACUCUUAUCCCAGUGAUUCGGAAGUGAACUGGAAUAUAUCAGUGCCAGAUGGGUUUCGAGUCAAGCUGUACUUCAUGCAUUUUGACCUGGAGUCCUCCUAUCUCUGUGAAUAUGACUACGUGAAGGUUGAGUCUGAAGACCAAGUUUUGGCUACUUUCUGUGGAAGAGAGGCUACAGACACAGAACAGACCCCAGGGCAACAGUCGAUCAUCUCCCCAGGUUCCUACAUGAGCCUCAUGUUCAGAUCGGACUUCUCCAAUGAGGAACGCUUCACGGGUUUUGAUGCCCAUUAUACAGCAGUAGACAUAGACGAGUGCUUGGAGAAGAGUGACGAAGAGCUGGCCUGCGACCAUCAUUGCCACAACUAUAUCGGCGGGUACUACUGCUCCUGCAGGUUUGGCUACAUCCUCCACACUGAUAACAGGACUUGCAAAGUGGAAUGCAGUGACAACCUCUUCACCCAGAGAAAUGGUGUGAUCAACAGCCCGGAUUUCCCCAGAUCUUAUCCCAAGAGUUCUGACUGCUUGUACCGCAUUGAGCUGGAGGAAGGUUUCUUCAUUUCCUUGCAGUUCGAAGACAACUUUGACAUAGAAGAUCACCCAGAAGUCUCCUGUCCUUAUGACUACAUCAAGAUAAAAGCUGGAAAUCAGGAGUUUGGGCCCUUUUGUGGAGAAAAAUCUCCAGGGCGCAUCGAAACCCGGAGCAACAGCAUCCAAAUCCUCUUCCACAGCGACAACUCUGGAGAGAACGAAGGCUGGAAGCUGAUGUACACAGCAGUCGGGGACCCCUGCCCACUUGUGGAGCCUCCCAUCAACGGCAAAAUCGAGCCUUCCCAGGCAACCUAUACCUUCAAGGACCAAGUGGUAAUCAGCUGCAGCACAGGAUACCACAUCCUCAAGGAUGACGUGGAGAGCGAAACUUUCCAGAUUGAGUGCAUGAAGGGCGGGAUGUGGAGUAACAAGGUCCCCAUUUGCAAAAUUGCAGACUGCAAGACGCCGCCUGAGCUAGACUAUGGCUUGGUCACCUUCUCCACGCCACACAAUCGGACCACCUACCAGUCGGGCAUCCAGUAUUCCUGCCAACAUCCAUACUACCAGAUGGUCCCCAACGUCACAGGUACCUACACUUGUGACGCCGGUGGGGUCUGGAAAAGUCCAGAGUUGGGGACACGUCUGCCAUCUUGUCAAGCAGUAUGUGGUCAGCCAACCCGCUCUCUGCCCACCCUGGUCAAGCGUAUCAUUGGUGGGCGGAACGCAGAGCCCGGCUUUUUCCCCUGGCAAGCACUGAUUGUGGUGGAGGACACGUCCCGGGUGCCCAAUGACCGGUGGUUUGGGAGCGGAGCCCUUCUCUCUGAGUCGUGGGUGCUGACGGCCGCCCAUGUCCUUCGCUCCCAGCGUCGGGACAACACCAUCAUCCCCGUCUCCAAGGAGCAUGUCACCGUCUACUUGGGUCUUCACGAUGUGAGGAACAAGAUGGAUGCCGUCAACCGGACUGUGGAGAAGAUUAUCCUCCAUGAGGCCUUUGACAUCCAGAACUACAACCAUGACAUUGCCUUAGUGAAGCUGAAGGAGAAGGUGACCAUGGGACCCUACACCAUGCCGGUGUGUCUACCACGGUACGAACAUGAGCUAGAAGGACCUCAGCCCAACACCCUGGGCCUGGUGGCCGGCUGGGGCAUCUCCAGUCCCAACAUCACGGUGGACGAGGUCAUCAGCUCAGUGUGCGGGAAACCAAAGUUUUCCAGGAGCCUCCUGGCCCAUAUUGUUAAUGGACGCUACGCCAAGAGAGGAAUCUCACCGUGGAUCGCCAUGCUGCACAGGGACGGACUCCCCUUCUGUGGAGGGUCACUCCUAGGCAACAAAUGGAUUGUGACCGCUGCUCAUUGCCUCCACCAUGAAUUGGAUCCGGAGGAACCUGUUCUCCGAAGCUCUGACGUGAUCAGCCCUUCCUCGUUCACAGUUAUCCUGGGAAAAUACAGAACCCAAAGGCAAGACGAUACGGAACAGCGUCUCCAGCCCCAAAGUAUUUUCAUCCAUCCCUCUUACAAGGCAGCCACCUUGCAGUACGACAUCGCCCUCCUGGAGCUCUCCGAGGCAGCCCGGCUGAAUGAUUACGUGAUGCCUGUUUGCUUCCCAGAUGGCUCACACCAAGAAGACGCCAUGGUCAUUGUCAGCGGAUGGGGGAAGCAGUUCUUGCACCGUCUCCCGGAGGCCCUGGUGGAGAUUGAGAUCCCCUUGACAGACCAUGCAGUGUGCAAGGAAGCCUAUGCUAAGCUGCAGAAAGGUAUAACAGAAGAUAUGAUCUGUGCUGGAGAAAAACAAGGAGGAAAAGACGCUUGCAGUGGCGAUUCGGGAGGCCCCAUGGUCACUCUGGGCAACCAGACGGGCCAGUGGCAGCUCAUAGGGACCGUGUCCUGGGGUGACGGGUGCGGCCUGAACGAUCGCUACGGGGUGUACUCCAACGUGCUCCUGAGUCUGCCUUGGAUUAAACAGGUCACUGGAGUGCAAUACUGAAGUCUCCCGGCCACACCGAAUGCGAGAAGAACAGCGCCAGCUUCCAGCGGAAGGGUCCUCCGGGUCCUCCAGAAGGCUCUAGCUGUGACAUCUCUCCCAAGGAAGUACUUGGCAUUAGACUGGAGGCAGGGGUGGAUUAACGGAGAGGUAGAGGAGGCAUUUGCCUAUGGCGGCAAAAUUUCAGGAGCAGCAAAUUUUGCUCUCCCUCAAAUUUUGCCGCCCCUCUCUGUGGACAGCAGCUGCUGCAGCAAGGGUGGAGUGGGCGAGGAGAAAGUCCGCCCCCCCCCACUUCCCCCCCCUUUUUUUUAAAAAGGCAAACCUUUUUUGUUUAAGAUAAAAGGGCAGCAAAAAGCUUAAUCCGCCCCUGACUGGAGGGGAAAAACUUGUCCACUGAUUCAUUCUGGGCACAGAGACAGGAGAGGGCAGGUCUGGGUCCUGCACUCAGCCAGACUGAAUUCUGCUCCGAGAGCCUGGAUUGCACGCCCCUCCGUAAUCCAGGGAUGCUUUGACUGACAGGAGGCCAACAGACCAGGAUCUAGGUGCUUAGCACCUCUUUUCAUAGGGCCGUUUGCAAAAGCUCUCACACAUCAAACCCGCCUUCUGCAGCCCACCGCUAUUCUUGGAAAGAAAACUCUCUAACUAGGACUCAAAGAAAUCUCAGGGAAAAUACAGUGACAUGGCCCUCGGACACGACUUUGGGGGAAGAAGAGGCCAUCCCACAACAGGAGGCAUAUUUUGCCUGCAGAAGGUCCCAGGUUCAGCCCCGGCAUCUCCAGCUAAUAUUUCGGGCAAUGAGGUAAAGACAGAGCUCUAAGAGACCAAAAGCAGAAGUUCCUAACCUAGAGUCCCCGAAUGAUGUUGGACUACAACUCUCAUCAUCUCCCGCCCCAUUAUGGCUGGGGGUGAUGGGAGUUAUAGUCCAACAGCACCUGGGAACCCAUCAUGGUUGGGAACCCUUGACCUAAAGAGUCGCUGCUUGUCAGGGUGGUAAGGAUGUGCACAAAACCAGUUUCCCCGGAUCACUUCGAGUCUGCACUGGAUUCAAACCAGGCGGAGCCAGAUCAGUUUUGCCCACCCUGUGGACCGGGACCUGCAGGGUUCCGUUUGAAUUUGAACUGGUUUGGGCCCAGUUCUGAGCCCUACCGGCAGAGGGGAAUCCAGUGAGGAUUCUCCUUUACCGGUAAAAGGGCAGCGGGAGUGGAGGGUUUCUAAAAAUGUUUUUUAAAGUGAAAUUUUUAAAGGAAGUUUAAAUGUGGUGGCUGAGGCAGCUGGGGGGGGCGGUGGCUCCCCCAACCCCUGCAGCCUGCCCCUCUGUUUCCAGGGCCACAUUUAGAAGCCCCCCACUUCUAAAAAACCACUUUUAGAAGCCCCCCACUCCCGCUGCCCCCUUUCCAGCAAAGGGGAAUACUCGGCAGAGUCCCCUUUGCCAGUAGGGCUCUGAACCGGGCCCAAACUGGCCCAAUUGGUUCAGUUCGGACCUGAUCCUACCUAACCGGACCCCAUUCAGUUCGAGGCUGAGCCACUCAAACCAGACCGGCUCGCACAGCCACUCGAAUCUGAGCCGGUUCACACAACCCAACAGGGGGUGGGCACCUCUGGGCUAGAUGCAUCAAAGGACUGGCUCAGUAAAAGGCAGCUCCCUCUGUUCAUACAACGCCAGUGGAGAAGGCUUGGUGGAUUCCAAAGGUCUGCAGAUCCUAUGUGACUCAAUGGAUAUGCCCUCCAUUUUAAGAAACUGAAAUCUGUUGAUAUA